AUGGUGAUGGACCAGGCCUGGACCUGGAUGGCUCUUGUGGCUAUCGCGGGACUCUUCUGGAUAACUAGGAUCUUUUAUCGUUUAUAUUUCCAUCCGCUGGCAAAAAUACCUGGCCCUAAACUAGCUGCCGCUUCACAUCUCCUGGAGUUCUACUACGAUGUGAUCCUUGGGGGCAAAUUCCUAUUCCAAGUGGAGAAAAUGCAUCAGAAGUACGGCCCUAUUGUGCGUAUCAAUCCAAAGGAGGUCCAUAUCAUCGAUCCCACCUUCUAUAACGAGAUAUAUGCAUCAGGGAUGCGAAAGCGUGAUAAGUAUGAGGGGUUUGUGCGCUCUCUCGCUGCCGACGAGUCUACUGUCUCCACCGUGGGCUCUGAAAAGCACCGUUUCCGACGCAGCAUCCUUCAGAACUUUUUCUCCAAGCGCUCUGUUAUGGAAUUUUCAUCAGCAAUUGGUGAGAGGGUAGAGAAGCUGAUGCGGCGCCUGGAGGUAUUCGAGAAAACCCAGACCCCAGUGGCUCUUGAUGUAGUAUUCUCAGCAUUAACCUCCGAUAUGAUUACCUAUAUCUGCUACGGGAAAGAUUGGAAAUUCCUAGAUCAUAAGGAUUUCAAUUGCGACAUUCACCAGGCUGGUGUGGAUUUUGCCAAUUUCUUUCAUUUCAACCGAUUUUUCCCCUGGGUGUUCAUGACGCUGCGAGCACUGUCUCCACGAAUGUUGGCACUCCUCAUACCCGGUCGAGCGGCAACGUUCAAAUUCCAGGAAUCUCUCCUUAAGCAUGCGAUUGAAAUGGCCGCGAACGAACAAUCUGAUGCCCCCAGCAAAGAAACUGAAAAGUCUCGUCCGAAUGUGAUCUCCAACUUAAUCAAUCCAUCUAUACCAUAUAUGGAACGAAGUCGUCGGCGUCUGGAGGACGAAGUCAUCACAAUUCUUGUCGCUGGAACAGAAGCACCCGUUAAGGUUUUAUCAAUGGCUAUGUAUUAUCUUGGCAGUGAGCCGGCUAUCGGCGAGAAAUUACGGGCAGAACUGAAAACCAUCUUACCGGCACGUACCAGUACUGCCACAUAUGCAGAGCUUGAAAAGCUGCCAUAUUUACAUGGCGUUGUUUAUGAGUCUUUACGCAUAUCGGACUCAGUUAUUGCACGGUUCCCUCGAAUAGCGCCAACAGAAACACUCCGAUACAAAGACCAUAUUCUUCCUCCCGGAACUCCAAUGAGCUGUUCUUCUUACUUUAUCUCUCGCAACCACGAUCUUUUUCCCAACCCCGAGAAAUUCGACCCAGAGAGAUGGAUCCAUGCAGCUGAGAAAGGUGAGAAUCUAAAGCAACAUCUAACAGCGUUCACCAAGGGAAGCAGAAUAUGCCUUGGAAUAAAUUUGACCAUAGCCGAGUUGUUCUUGACGAUUGCCCAUAUGUGCCGUCGGUAUCAUAUACUUCUGCACAACACUGAGCCAGAAGAUGUAUGUACGACAAGUGAUCUUCUUGCUGGAUAUACACGACGGGGAGUCUUGAAAGUACAUGCUAAACUCAAGGCCGUGAGGGAGUAA